GGCUUACACAGGCAUAAUGUAGCCAUGUGUGAGAGCAAACAACAGGUGGAUAUUUAGAUUAAUUUGUCUUCAGUGAAAUGCUUUUGGGUGUCUUGGGUGUUUCUAACAAGCACACACAGGGAGAUUUAGUGCUGUGUUAUUGGCUGUGCGUUUCUUUUUCGUGUUAAUCAUUUAUUUUUACAACUACAAGACGAUAAUCACUAGGAGGAACCAGAGCCAAAGGUCUCAUAUAGACAUCAUUAAAGAAGAAGCUCCUCUGCGAAUGUCAUCCGACAUGGAGGGGAUCACAGGAAGUAUAUUACUGUUGUGCCUUAUCAGCUUCGCUAAUGCAAAUACCAGUCCUACAAUCAACCCUAGGGUUAUGCAAGUGUGUGAAGACACCCCCAUAGGGGCCUACGUCUUUACUAUAGACGCAACAGAUGUAGAAAAUGACCCAUUGACUUAUUCACUCCGUGAGCCCAAUGCCCAAUACUUCGCUGUUGAAAGCAGCACUGGGAAAGUAUCAGUCAGGAGGAAACUAGAUAGAGAGGCUUGUGAUAAUUGUAAUGUAUUGACUCUUGGAGUUAGUGUCUCUGAUGGUCCCAAUCUUGCAGACGGCAAUGUAACUAUCAUAUUAAAAGAUGCCAAUGACAACCGACCCAUAUUCGAGGAUUCUUCAUAUGAUAUUGAGAUCCCCGAAAAUACCCCUGUAGGUACGUCUCUGUUUAGGGCGGUGGCCACUGAUGCGGACACUUCAAAUGCUGGUAUUGUUCGAUACAGCAUUGAUGAAGUUACUCCAAAUAAUGGAUUCAGUCUUUUUAGCAUUGUGCCCACAACUGGUGAAGUCAGAUUAAAUGGAAAUCUGAAUUAUACUGGAUUAAGCACUUUCUAUCGGCUGAAGAUCAACGCAACGGAUGGUGGAGGCCAUUGCCAUGUUAAUGAAGCCAACUACUUCUCAAGCGUUGUUUUUUCCUUCGUUACGGUUGUGGAUGUCCCGGAUCUCGACCCAAUAUUUAUUGGUAUUCCUUACGUAGGAAGAGUUGAAGAGAAUUCUCUUACGGGCAUGUCUGUGUUCAAAGUGACCGCCAUAGACACGGACACAGGAAUCAAUGAUGCUAUGAUCUAUGGCAUUGAAAAUUCCACAGUAGCUGGCCUGUUUGGAAUCUCAAAAACUGAUGGCGACAUAAAUGUAUUUUCAAAUAUUGACAGAGAACUUAUUGGUGACACAGUUACCCUGACUGUAAAGGCUACUGAGACUAAACCAAACAUCCACGGGGUCCAUGCCAGCACCACAGCAAAUGUACAGAUCAACAUCAUCGACGUCAAUGACAACCCGCCGCAGUUUUACAAGUGUGGACUCUCCUGUGUGACGGAGAGUCACUUCACAGGAGAAGUCGUGGAGCACUCACUCGGCUCUGUUUCCAUCAACAUGACAGUUAGAGAUCUGGAUAAGACUUCCAAAACUAGACUAACUCUGGAGGGAGAGGACAAGGAUGUGUUUUCUGUGGAACCUCCAUUUACCAUGUCAGACAGCAUUGUUCAGCUUCUGGUCAAGCAGCCCCAAAAACUGGAUUUUGAAAUAAAGCAGCAAAUGAUUCUACAAGUUAUUGCCAUAGAUGAAGAAAAAAAAAACUUCCACUCCACUGCUACAGUUACUAUUAACAUCAAGGACGCCAAUGACAACAGCCCCAAGUUCCGACAGGACACGUAUAAGUUAGAGGUGGCUGAGCACUCUCCAGUUGGAACAAUAUUGGACACCAUUACUGCAGAGGAUCCUGACACGAUGGAUCAAGGCAACAUCACCUACAAACUUCUUCCAGAAAGCAUACUACUGUAUUUUGACGUGGAGCCACAAACGGGCACAAUUUACGUGAAAAACACAACUCUGUUGGAUCGUGAGGUCAGGUCUCUGUAUUCUGCUACGCUGCAGGCCAGAGACACAGACGACAAGCCCGGCACCACAGUACUGGAGAUCACUGUGACUGACAUCAACGACCACGCCCCAGUCAUCAACAGAGACUAUUACCAGGAGUUUGUUAAAGAGGGUGGAGAGCUUGAACUUAAGAUAGAGGCAACUGAUGCAGAUGACUCUGAUACGGAAAACAGUAAAAUAGUGUUUGGAAUUGAACCGAGCAGGUACAGUGAUAACUUCACCAUCGACCCUAACACUGGUGUGUUAAGAAACAAGGGUGAGCUUGAUCGUGAGGCCCUGGACCCGAAGCUGAAAGGGAGGAUCGAGCUCAAUGUAACCGCUACUGACAAGGGUUCUCCCCCGUUGUCCACAAUGGUUAGAGUUAUCAUCAUUAUAGAGGAUGUCAAUGACAACACACCCCAAUUCGAAGCCUCCAAAUACAAAUUCUCUGUCAAAGAAGGAGAAUUAGGUGCCUUUGUGGGUUUUGUUCAGGCUGAGGAUUUGGACCAAACGGCAGAAUUUAACCGCAUUUCUUUCAGAAUCAUUGAAGGAAGCUUUGGCAGCUUCAUCAUUCGUACCUUUGCAGAGGAGCGGGGUUACAGGGGGAACAUCACUGUGGACCGUGACAUUGAGCUGGACUACGAGAGCGCUCGCAAGCAAUUCCACCUGCGGGUAGAGGCAACAGAUUUGGAGCAGAAGAUGGCUGUAGUAAUGGUGGAGGUGGACGUGUUGGACGUGAAUGAUGAGAGGCCCGAGUUCAAGCCAACAGCGCCUGUGACAGUAAAGGAGAACACCACCAUCAGCGGGGCUGUUGGGCACUUUACAGCACAGGACAAAGAUGGAAACCACUCACUAGUAUACGAGCUGGAGUCCGUCAAAUGCAGAUGCAAUGGCUCUCUGACACCCUGCAGCUGGUUCAUCCUGGAUCCAACAGGGGACGUCAGAGUCAACCCGGAGCACACAACAGAUUACGAACAAUGUGACCAGGUGCUGAUAGAAGCUCAGGUGGUGGACGAGUACACAGAGAAAGGAGAGAACAACAGUGUCACAACAGGGCAAAUGGUGAUCAACAUUGCAGACAUCAACGACAACGCUCCCGAAUUCAUCUUCUCAAAUUCUGUAUUUGUUGUGGUGUCAGAAAGUGCAAGUAAGGGGACAUCGGUAGCAGGAGUCACUGCCACAGACCGUGACUCUGGAAUAAAUAGGCAGAUUGAUUUUAAAGUAACAGCAGUCCAAUUUAAAGACAACAACAAUCAAAUAACUGACAUGAAGAUACUGUUCGAUGCCGUCACCACACAGCAAAAGGACCUAUAUGUUGGAAUUAUUCAAACUUCCGAGACGCUUGAUACAUCACUGAAAGGGAAGUAUCUGGUGACAGUAACCGCAAAGGACACCGGCGACCUCUCCACCAGCACCAUACUGGAGAUUUUCGCAGUUGAUGACUCAUAUAAAGUGGAACUUGAAUUUACAAAAUCCCAAGCCUUCGUUGAAGAAAACCUCAAUGAAAUCACCAGGGCACUUAUGACUGCCACCAAGGCUGCUGUUGAAAUUGCUGCAAUCAGGUCUGACACUUCUGAAGCAUCCAGGGCUUCGGAAAAAACGAUCAUAGUAGCAUAUUUUGUCUUCUCCAAUGGGACUGCUCUUACCUCUAAUGAAGUGGAAAGGAUGAUUUCUGACCCUCAAUACUCUCUUGUACUUAUAGAGCUCGGCCUUGCGGAUAUUGGGAAAGCUCCUGUGAUCGAACCCGAAACUGACCCACUGAAGUACGUCCUGCUGGGGAUGGUGGCAGGCCUCGUCAUUGUGCUGGCUAUCCUCACCACUUCACUGAUGUGCACUCGCAGAAACUACAGGAGGAAGCUGAAGGCAGCUAAAGCCAUGAACUCUGCAUCCAUGGUGACUUCUGACAACCAGAAAAGUGGCCCUGUGGUGCCUGGAACCAACAAGUACACCAUGGAGGGGGCUAAUCCUGUUCUCAACCUCAACAUCGACACAACCAUGGUGCUGGACAUGGACGAGGAGAGCUCAGAUGUGGACAAAGUCAGCCUCGACUCGUUGGACGACAGUCAAUAUAUGACCAUACCUGAAAAUUAUAAAUCAAUGCAGAUGAUCCAGGAGGAGGACGAGGAGUUUGACAGCCUGCCACCGGCGUACAUUGAGCCUUUGGGUGCAGCACUGGCCCAGCGAGGACAGAAGAAAGGCUCCGAUAAUGCUCCUGCGGGUUUUAGUAACCCUGCAUUCAGCACUACAGACCUGUGAUGGAAAUAAUGAAGGGAGAGACACUUACCAGAGGUCUCAGAUGGACGUUAUGUUGCUUCUCUGUAAUCAGGCUGACCAAAAUUUCCAGUCAAACACAUUGACGGUGUUGGAUGAAGUCCUUGUGUCUUUAAGUAGCCUUCUGUUCCGAUCAAUAAUAAUGUAUUAUGCAUUAUGCACAAGAUCCAUGGCACCUAAAGGGAUGAAUUUGCUUUGUCUAAAAAUUCAAUUAAAAACCCAAAUGGCAAAUGUUAACAAUAUGAUGAUACCACAUAGUGUCUUGAUCUCGUAGAAUUUGGUUUGGUUAUUGAAUCGACUGUUUUGUUUUUCCAACAGUUAUAGGAAUAGUUUGACAUUUUGGGGAAAUAUGCUUAUUUUGCUCUCUUGCAGAGAUUCAGAUGAGAAGAUGGAUGCUACUGUCAUAUAAAGCUGCAGCCAAACUUAGCUUAGCAUUAAGAUUGGAAACAGGAAAAACAGCUUUGCUCUGUUCAAAGUUUAAACGCACCCCAAAAGCUCAGCGAGCUCUUUCCAGUCUUUAUAUGCUGAAGUAAGCUAAUUGCCUGCUGGCUGUGGUUUCACAUUUAGUGCAAAGACAUGAGAGUGCUAUAAAUAAAUAAAUCUCUCGCAAAUAAGCGGAUUUCCCCCAAAUGACGAACUCUUAAUUUAAAAUUGUCUUCACAUUAACCUUAUCUAGACAAAGGAAAAUUGGACAGAAAACAAGUGUUUGUUGCACAUGUUGAUCACUUUAUUUGUGUUAAUACUGUAUAUUAAGCGAAGGUUUAAAAACUGUUUGGUUUGCUUUGAAAUAAACUGUAUUGCCUGUUUAAUUUGUCAUUGGUUGCUUUGAGUUUGAGAUACUUAUUUAAAAAAAAAAAAACUCAUGCAGUGUGACUUCCUACAAGCAGCAGAUUACAAAAUAUUAUUUCACUGUUUACUGACAUAUAAAUGAAUGUAUCACAAGUGCAAUGUGAAUAAAAAUCAAUUUCUCCAAAUGUGGAUUUAAA